AUGUCCAAGAUACCGGAAACAGCAUUUGACAGUAAUAAUGCAAGUAUGAUUGCAUUUACGGUACGAACCGAAACAAAUAGUGUUGUAGAGCAGGCGAAUAAAAUGAAGCAUCUUCUCGAAAACAAUACUGUUAGCGUAUUUGGAAUUGAUUCAGCAUUAACUAUACCAGUGACUCGACUGAAAACUCAUCAACCAAUGAUCACAUAUCAGCUUCGAUCAGUGCGAUUCACACCUGCCGAAAAUGAAGAAAUGCCCACUGAAUCAGCACCGUACUUCUCAGUCGACCCAGUAUCAGGCGAUAUUCGUAUUGAUCCAAUGCUUGGUGACUACACGGAAGGUGUGUUUACAUUUGAUAUUGCUGCUAUUCAGCAACGAACAACUACCGAUUCCAUACAAAUUGCACAUAUUGUUAAACAGGUACAUAAUGUGAAACUUCCAUCGCUGCUAAAAUUUAUUUUCGAUCAGAAUGCUCAUCUUCUAGGAUUGAAUCUUGAGGAUUUCAAACAACAUCUGUGCAAUGCAUUGAAAGCGGAAUCAACAAUGUCCGAUAUUUCUGUAAUUUUUGGCACACCUCAUGUUUAUGAAUCAGCGGGAAGAAACAGGUCAUCGGUAUGCUUUCACUCCUUGCGUAACGGAAUAAUUCUCGGACAGGAAAGUGCAAUUUCGACUCUUUCUGCAACGUUGAAUAGCGGAGGCACGCUAUCACGUCUUUACCAAAUAUUCAAAGUGGCUAAUAUAGAGCCAUGCAUUGAACCAACUCGUACAUUAUCAUCUGGCUUAAUGAUAUCACGCUCGGCAUUAUUUUGGGCUGGCUUCUCACUUGUUGGCAUCUUAAUAUUACUGUCAUUUUGUUUAUACGCUUGUUUUAUCAUCAGAUAUAAAAACUCUCUGAAUAUAAAGAAAGCAUCUCUUGGUAAUCUUUUCGUUUGA